AAUCCACACUUCAGACAUUCGGGCGUUUGUCGUUCGAUGUUCAAAAUAUUCGUUGAUGAAUACAUUUAAUGUUGAUAUAAUUAUUUUUCAGUUGUUUAAAUUAAUUUUUCCAAUAUGUUUACUUCGUGUUUUUUAUGUGUGUUCAUAACUUGUAUAGCUGUAUCCCAGGGUUUUUAUCAUUCUAAUAAUGAUUCGAAAUCAAAGAAUGGUUCAAUGUUAACAAAAAUUACAAAUGAUAUUGGCACAUCAACAAUCUACCAUACAGAAUUUUUUGAUAAAAAAAAGAAAAUAUUUGCGCUUAAAAAUGAAAUGACUAAAGAAUGUAUUUUAAAACAAGUGGAUGAUCAAGUAAACAUUUUAAAUAAUAAUAAUAAAUAUGACCAAAACAUGGAAUUAACUGAAGAUGAGAUGGUUGAAAUCAUUGGCGAAAAUUUAAGAAACUUUUGCAAAGAUAAAAUCAUUAUUUUGAAUAACUUUGACAAUAAACGUUUUAGUAGAUCAAAACGUUCAACAGAUAAGAAACGAUAUCAAGGUCAAACCCAAACUCAAUUUGUUAGUUUUGGUUCAAAAAAUUCAAACCAAGAAACAAAAAAUGGAUUAGCCGAAGCUUUGUCACAGCCUGAUUUAUCUAGGGCAACAGUGAGUGGUUUAAAUGGUAUGGGACAAGCUCAAAGUCAGUCAAGCUUUGGUGAAUGUAAUGAAUGUUCCGAACAGGAUUAUCAAACGCAUUCAACACACGUAAUCAAUUCUCGUCCAGGAUAUUAUCCAUCACUUCAACCCCUAAGUUCUAUUUCUCAAAAUCAAAAUUCAAGACCAUAUGGUGAAUUAAAUACAAAUAGACAGUCGCCAGGUUUACAAGAUGAAGAAAGUCAAAAAGGAUAUUCUAUCAAUCAUCAACAUCCAGAUACGUAUUCAGGUUCAGGAACAAAUAAUAAAUUACCGGGUAGUCAAGUUCAUGGAUAUAGUAUCAGGCCAUCUAUCGAUGGUCAAUAUUCAGGAUCAGGAACAAACUAUAAAGUACCAGGUAAACAGAAUCCAGGAUAUGUCAUCAAUGAUCAAUAUCCAAGAUCUGAAACAAAUAAUAAACUACCAGAUAAUCAAAAUUACGGAUAUGGUAUUACUCCAUCUAUCGAUAAUCAAUAUACAGGUUUAGGGACAAACAAUCAAUUACCGGGAAAUCAAGGUCAUAGAUAUGGUAUUGAAUCGUCUCUUAAUGGCCAAUAUCCAAGUGAAAUUCAAGGUUCAAAAUCAAAUAAUAAUACAGAACUCGGUAAAAUAAACCCGGGAUAUGUAUAUAAUUCUGCAAAAGAACAAAUUCCAAAUGUAGCUAAUACUAAUACACCUGAAUACAAAAUAGCUGUAAAUAAUGAUACAGUUAACGCAAACUCACAUUCCAUUAAUUCUAUUCCAUUUAAUCCCAGUAGUUGGAGCUAUCCUAAUAAAAUCAAUAGUUAUACACCUAAUAUAAAUCAGCAAAUAUAUCCAGAUGGGUUAGGGUUUCCUAAUAUUCCUUCAGAAUCAGGUCAAGGAAUACUAACUCCACAUAAUACACCAAAUUUCGAUUCGACACAUCCUAGUUACAAUUGGCAAGUUCCAGUAACAACUUCAAUAGAUCAUCAAAAUAAACCAGCAAAUUACCCAUCUAGUGUUAUACCAAACUAUCAACAUCCAAUGCCAAAUGUAUUAGGUCAAUUGACACCAAAUAAUCCUAUUUCAAGUGAUACGAUCUCACAAAACAAGCAAAGGAUUAUAAACGAAGCUGGUGGAACUAUACAAAAUGGAUAUCCAUUAUCUUCAAAUAUACCCAAAGGUCAAGAUUACACCCAACUAAAUUUACCUUCCUUAUGUAAUUUCCUAUACCAGACAUGUCUUAAUGCAUUGUCAAAUAAUAAAAGACUAAAUGAAUUUCAAAUAGCUAGUUCCCAAAAUAGCGUAAGAAAUCCAAACGUAGGAAAACAAAUUGGUAAUACCCAAGUACCUAUUAUACAAUAUUCAGGUUUUCCUUUUUAUGGAGAAGGAAUUAAUCAAAAUCAAAAACAACCUAAUUAUGACCAACCUCAAUAUGCAAUUGGGUUAGUUGGAUCUACUAUUCAGCAUCCUAGUGAUACUCAAACUGAUGGAAAUAUAAAUGGAUUUCAACCUAGUUAUGGCCAACCUCGAGGUAUAUUAGGAUCAGGUGACUCUGGCGUCCAGCAACCGGGAUAUGGUCCAUCGGGUGGAAACGUAAAUCAAAUGCAACCUAACUAUGGUCAGCCUCAAAGUACAUCAGGAUUUGGCGUGCAGCAACCGAAAUAUGGUCCAUCGAGUGGAAACGUAAAUCAAAUUCAACCUAAUUAUGGUCAACCUCAAAGUACAUUAGGAUCUGGCGGAUCUGGCAUCCAACAACCGGGAUAUGGUUCACCGGGUGGAAACGUAAAUCAAAUGCAACCUAACUAUGGUCAGCCUCAAAGUACAUCAGUAUUUAGCGGACCUGGCGUCCAACAUCUGGGAUAUAGUCCAUCGAUAGAAAACGUAAAUCAAAUGCAACCUAAUUAUGGUCAACCUCAAAGUACAUCAGGAUCUAGCGGAUCAGGUGUCCAACAACCGGGAUAUGGUCCAUCGGGUGGAAACGUAAAUCAAAUUCAACCUAAUUAUGGUCAGCCUCAAAGUACAUUAGGAUCUAGCGGAUCUGGCAUCCAACAACCGGGAUAUGGUCCAUCGGGUGGAAACGUAAAUCAAAUUCAACCUAAUUAUGGUCAGCCUCAAAGUACAUUAGGAUCUAGCGGAUCUGGCAUCCAACAACCAGGAUAUGGUCCAUCGGGUGGAAACAUAAAUCAAAUGCAACCUAAUUAUGGUCAACCUCAAAGUACAUCAGGAUUUAGCGGAUCUGGCGUCCAACAUCUGGGAUAUGGUCCAUCGAGAGAAAACGUAAAUCAAAUUCAUCCUAAUUAUGGUCAACCUCAAAGUACAUCAGGAUUUAGCGGACCUGGCGUCCAACAUCUGGGAUAUGGUCCAUCGAGAGAAAACGUAAAUCAAAUUCAUCCUAAUUAUGGUCUACCUCAAAGUACAUCAGGAUCUAGCGGAUCUGGCGUCCAACAACCGGGAUAUGGUCCAUCGGGUGGAAACGUAAAUCAAAUUCAACCUAAUUAUGGUCAGCCUCAAAGUACAUCAGGAUCUAGCGGAUCUGGCGUCCAGCAACCGGGAUAUGGUCCAUCGGGUGGAAACGUAAAUCAAAUGCAACCUAACUAUGGUCAACCUCAAAGUACAUCAGGAUCUAGCGGAUCUGGCGUCCAGCAACCGGGAUAUGGUCCAUCGGGUGGAAACGUAAAUCAAAUGCAACCUAACUAUGGUCAACCUCAAAGUACAUCAGGAUCUAGCGAAUCUGACGUCCAGCAACCGGGAUAUGGUCCAUCGGGUGGAAACGUAAAUCAAAUGCAACCUAACUAUGGUCAACCUCAAAGUACAUCAGGAUCUAGAGGAUCUGGCGUCCAGCAACCGGGAUAUGGUCCACCGAGAGGAAACGUAAAUCAAAUUUACCCUGAAUCGUAUGGCGAUAACAGUUUUAGAGGUCCAUCUUUUAAACCAGCAUCAGAAAUUGGAAAUAUUAAUCCUUCAACAAAUCCAAUUAUCGGUGGUCAGUUUGGAACAGAUAUAUCAUCUGGAGAUUCUGUAACUCUUAUUGACACUGAAGGAGGAGAUGCACAAUCAAUGACUAAUGUAGAUGUGGAUGGCCAAGAAACUAGAGCAUCGGCUUCAGCUCAAGGAAAAUCUAAAUCGGGUAUGAGUCAGACACAAGUAUCUGGAUCAUAUUUAGGAACAGGAAUGUUUUCUGCUCAAGCUCAAACGAGUGAUAGCGAUAAAGGAGCUCAAAGUCAAAUUGUAAGUAAUACAAAUGGCACAACAAGUACAGCACAGGGGAAAGGAGGAAAGGGACAAGCACAAUCCCAAGUUCUUUAUAAUGCUGAUAAUGGCAUUGCUCUAGGUGAAGCACAAAGCUCAGGAAUUAAUUAUGGGACAAACACUCAAUUGCAAGCUGGUAUUAAAGGAGGAAUGGCAGAUGCACAAUCAACUGGCCUAGGAAGUACUUCUAGUCAGGCUCAAAUAGGUUUCUUACCACACGAGUCCAAUAAUAGCACUAAUCAAAAGUCAUUAUUCAAAGGUGGUGGUACAACUUCAGCACAAGGUGGAUCAUAUAGUGGUCAAUCGCAAAGUCAACUAUUUGGGUCAUAUAAACAUGGAAUUUCAUACAAUGGUGCUGCCCAAGCAAGUACUGGCAAAAAACUUCAAAACUUACCAAAACUUAAUUUAGCCGAUGCGAAGUUGAAAAUUGGGCAACCGGAAGGAUCCAAUAAUGAAGUUAAAAAUCAAACUAAUGCACUAAAGAACCUAAAGAGUAUUCCAAAUGCAUUACGAUCUCAAAAUCAAAUAGAUAAUUCCAGCGUUGAUAACCACAAACAACAAAAUAUUUCUUCAACACAGACUCCACCUAUUCUAUCACAAGAACCAUCUAGAAAUGUCGAUGUUUAUCCUGAAUAUGAAGAUAAUGAUGAGUAUGACGAUGAUAGUGAUGAAAUUGUAAAUACAAAAUCAGUACAAUCAAAAAAAGAAACAAUCCCAAAGCAAGAGCAAAAUAUUAUUUUAAAUUUCGAUAACAAACACGAUGCCCAGAUUACUCGAGAUUCCGAUAGUCAGUUAAAAUCUGGACAAGUAUUAGAUGCUGGCCAAGUUAUACCCGGUACUAAUGGGACUAAAAUACCAAGUGGAUUUAGAGGUAGGGUAGCUUCAGUAGCUGGAGACCAUACUGAAGCUCAAGCUACUCCGGGAGGCCAAGCUCAAACUCAAACUGUAUUCUUAACACCUGGAGUAGGUAGCUUAACUGUGGUAGACAAAACAAAAUUAAGAGCACAGUUAAAUAAAGAAUCAUAUGUUAGACCUACUAACAGUUUCCAAACUGAAAUUAAUGGAGGAAUAAGCAAAUUUAAAGCUAAUGAAAAUAAUGUUCAGUAUUUUACUAAAUCAUCAACUUGUGGUUAUUUUUCAUUUUCAUGUAAUUAUGUAAAUGGUGCAACAAAUGGGGCCAAAAUAUGUAAGCCAAAUCCACCACCUUUUCCAUGCCUGAGAAGUAAUUAAUGAUUAUAACAAAUAUUAAUACAUAUAUAUAUAUAUAUUUUUUAAAACAAUUAUUUAUAUUUUAGAUAAGUUAAUUGAGUACAAAAUUGUAUACUAAUUAAACCUAAUUUUGUACUAUGAAAUACAGUAGUUUCUUAAAGUAACAUUUAAUAUUUUAUAAGCUAAUUUAACUAAUAUUAUUUGUUUUGCACAUAAUUAUUUCUUUACAAAAGAAAAUUCACAAAUACAAUAUGAAUAACUACAUAAUAAGACAAUUGAAAAACUGUAAAAUGAAAAAGUCUAAUGUGUUUGAAGAAUACAAAACAAGUAAAAAUAUAAUUUAUAAAAUACAUGAUUUAA